CCUAAAUUUCUCCCCUUUAUCUAUCAGCCGAAUACUCGAUCACAAACCAUUGUGUGUGCUCGUGAAAUUGAAGUCGAGGAUGGGGCUAGUCAAAUUGAACGGGAUGAGUAGAUGACGCGUGAAAUUCAGGCGAAUACUCCAUCUGAUAUACCCCUCUACACCUCCAUCUAUGAAGUUCCUCCAUAUCUCCUCAUCAAUGGCACCCACUUCGAUCAUUAUUCUUCGCCAGAAGACCCGAUCUUCCGUUCAUAAUGCAUCCGUUUGGCCUCUCUCUCCAGACCUCACAAUCAAGGUUUCCUCUAUGCUUGAUACCCAAAUCAUAUUAUGUGUCGGGGCUACGUGUUCGUUUUUUAAGAAGUGCGCCAUAGAUCCUUUGUUUUAUAUUAAUAUUAACUUGGGUACUUUAAUACCCAAGAUCAAACCCAAGAUCAACAACAAAAAAGAUGAUAUGGUAUCUACAAUGAUUCAACCAGUUGGAAGUGCGCUUCAGUCUAUUAAGCUUGGUGUCGAGCCGCCUUAUAUCAUCAAUGAUGAUGAUGAUGAAUGGGGUAUUAAGCGGUCCCUACAAAGAGAGGAGUCACCUUUCUUAACAGCCUCUUGCUUGAGUUCUUUGAGUGUGAAUGGUGGUGUACCUGGGUCUCCUUUAAGAAGUUUGCAACUUUUAAAGAAUUAAAAUGAAGGAUGAGACAGCACUUUCGGCAUCUUUGAUGACAGGGUGGAUGUUUAUAUCAGUUGUAUACUAGAGUCCAUGAGUAGAUAUUGUCACUUGUUAGAGCGUUUUAUCUUCGAAUUUAGCGGAGGCAGACUUGAUUUAGUAGAAACCUUGGUGUGCAAAGAAUUUGUGCUCAACUGACCUAAGAUAACCACUUUGGUACUGCAAGCAUGCGAACUGUUUCUUCUGAAGCUUUCGAGCUGGUGAAGAGGCCAGAAGUUGAGAAAGAAGAUGAAGUGAAGAAUUCUAAACUUCUUAUGGGAUUGAAAACAAUGUUGGAGAUGAUGAGUACAAACACAUUUUAUGUGUAGAGGCAGCAACAAUUGAGAGGUUGAUUUGAAGCACGGUGAAGAAUGGAAAGUAAGGCAACAAUAUUCGUUCAGAAUUGAUUAGCAUGUUUUUCUGUCAUAAUGGAUUAGCAACAA